CAGACGCACAACGACUGUCCCGAUCAGCUGACUGCGACUGAGACGCGAUGUUGACGUGCCUUUGAGUCGAAAAAACGGUUAUUAUCUGCGCUAUGAACGGGAAACUCACUCUGUCGAACUGAAUCUCACCGCGUCGACCAAACUCUAAAGCACACGGACGUCAAAGUGACUUCAUCAAACACAUACAUCCAAGCGGACAGCCCCUUCCACCCACAGCCAUGACAGAAUUCUGGUUGAUCUCCGCUCCGGGGGAGAAGACGUGCCAGCAGACCUGGGACAAGCUGAUGGUGGCCACCACACGCACCAACAACCUCUCUGCCAACAACAAGUUCAACAUCCCCGAUCUCAAGGUGGGAACGCUGGAUGUCCUGGUGGGUCUGUCCGAUGAACUGGCCAAACUAGACACUUUUGUGGAAAGUGUGGUGAAGAAGGUCGCUCAGUACAUGGCCGACGUCCUGGAGGACAGUCGAGACAAAGUCCAGGAGAACCUUCUCGCCAAUGGAGUGGACCUGGUCACCUACAUCACCAGAUUCCAGUGGGACAUGGCUAAGUACCCCAUCAAACAGUCACUGAAAAACAUCUCUGAGAUCAUCUCCAAGCAAGCGAGUCAGAUAGACAACGACCUGAAGGCCAGAGCUUCCGCGUACAACAACCUGAAGGGAAACCUGCAAAAUUUGGAGAGGAAGAAUGCAGGGAGUUUGUUGACCAGGAGUUUGGCGGACAUCGUAAAGAAAGAGGAUUUUAUCGUGGACUCAGAGUACCUUAUUACCAUGCUGGUGGUUGUCCAAAAGACAGGUUAUGCAGACUGGCAGAAGACCUAUGAGACCCUGGCAGAGAUGGUUGUGCCACGCUCCACAAAGCUGCUGUUUGAGGACCACGACAGCGGUCUGUUCAGUGUCACUCUCUUUAGGAAGGCUAUCGAUGACUUCAAGCACAAGGCCAGAGAAAACAAGUUUACGGUGCGUGAUUUCCAGUAUAACGAGGAGGAGCUGAAGGCCGACAAAGAAGAGAUGACACGUUUGUGCACUGACAAGAAGAAACAGUUUGGGCCUUUGGUACGAUGGCUGAAAGUGAAUUUCAGCGAAGCCUUCAUCGCGUGGAUUCACAUAAAAGCCCUUCGUGUGUUCGUGGAAUCAGUUUUAAGAUAUGGACUGCCAGUGAACUUCCAGGCCAUGCUGCUGCAGCCCAACAAGAAGAACAUGAAGAAGCUGAGAGAGGUGCUCUCCGACCUGUACAAACACCUGGACAGCAGCGCUGCCAUCAUCGAUGCCGCUAUGGACAUCCCAGGGCUGAACCUGAGCCAGCAGGAGUACUACCCCUAUGUUUACUACAAGAUCGACUGCAACUUGCUGGACUUCAAAGUCUAGAUACAUUUACAGCAUCAUCUCACUAUCUGUUGGGUAGUGUGCCGAUGUGCCAUGCUCACAUCCCCACGCUUUCGUUUAUUUCCACCUCGAUGUUCCCCGUUUUCGUUGCCAUCCUCUUUUCUCUGUGAUGCUCCUGGUACAUUCCAAGGUCCAUAUUGAACAAGUCGUUGGACUUCUGUUCAAAUGCACUUGACAAAUAUGGGCCGUGUUCUUUUUUCUCUUCCUCUUUGUACCAUGCUCUCCUCUCAGCCUACUUUAUUAAAAGAAACACAAACGGUACAUAUAUGGGGAGCAAAAUAUAUGUAUGUUAAAUAUGGUAUUUAUUUGAAGCCUAAACUCAGUGAAUAUGGUUUUGUUUGGUUUAGUUUUUGAAAGUGAUAUGUCUUAGCUCCAUGUAAGGAAUAACUGUUUACAAGUAGAUGUUGCCCGGUGUCCCCCCCCAACUCAAGCUGUUAUCCUGUGAGAAGCUGAAACGGAUCAUUUUACGGUUUCAAGAAGCAGGUUUGCUGAUUGUGUGCUCUUAUAAUUUCUGUAUAAGCAGUUUGAGAAAAACCAUGACGGGUCUAUGUGCAAAUACUGUAUUGUCAAUACAACUGAGAAUGACCACAUAUUUAAAAUAAAUGUUAAAAAUAAAUAUUCUAUGGGAAAUAUAA